CAUCGUAUUGCCACAUAAACUCAUACAACAAAUAGCACAAUCUCUGUUUCGUUACUAGUACAAUCCAAUGGCUACUUCUCUGUCGAAUCAAUUUCUAUUAGGUUGUUGUUCAUGUUCUUCCAAAUCUCCUCAACAACCCAAAUUCGCACGCUUUCCAUCUCGCCCCUUUUCCGCCUCCAACACUCUCUUAGGGUUUCCAACUCCAUUUCCCUCUCUCCAUCCAACCCCACUCUUCGCUUCUUCCCAAACAAAUAUCGAAACAGAAACAGAGGAGAUUCAAAUUGAUGAAGAUCGAAAAAAUUUACCCAGAUUAGGGGUUCUUAUUGAAUCAUACAAGAAAGCCUUUCUUACUGGCGAUGAAAAGAUUGCGAUAAUUGAAGAAAGAAUACAAUUGAAGGAGAAUGAGAAGAAUAAAUUGGUUCAAAAAGUGUCUACUUUAUCGGUUGAUAAAGUUUCGGUUAAGGAGCAAUAUCUUCGCUUACAAGCGGAUUUUGAUAACUUUAGAAAAAAAUGUGACAAAGAAAGAGUUGGCAUUCAAUCGGAUGCCAAACAAGGAUUCAUUAAGAAACUUUUGUUGAUGGCGGACAAUUUCGAGAGAGUUAAACAACAAAUUGAAGCGGCGACGGAGAAAGAGAAGAAGAUUGAUGUGAGCUAUCAGAGUAUUUAUAAGCAGUUUGUUGAGACUUUGAGGAGUCAUCAUGUUUCCGUCGUAGCAACAGUUGGCAAGCCUUUUAAUCCCUUGCUACAUGAAGCCAUUGCACGCGAGGAGUCCGAAGUGUUCAAGGAAGGGAUUAUAAUUAAAGAAUCCCGACGAGGUUUCGUACUUAAAGAUAAGGUUUUAAGGCCAGCAUUUGUGAAGGUGUCCUUAGGUCCUGGGAAUAAGAAAUCUUCAGUGGCUCCUGCCAAGUCCGUGGAGCAGCCUUCAACAGCAGCUAGAAUCGAUGAAAGAUAAUUAAUAUCUUGAACUGUCUCUGUUAUUCAUCAAAAGCAUAGUUCCUUCUGCUUCAUGGUAUCUUUGUCAUUGGUAAACUUGAAAUGCUUAUUUUGUUCCAUCGAUGAUAUGUUGAGCCCAAGUGAGUAUAAUCCAUAAUGCGCCUCUGUUGAAACUGCACUGUAAUUUUGGUUUCAUCAUGGAAAUUGGGAAUUCUUUUUAAUUAUGGAAAAUUUAUGAAUUUAUUGGGGAAUUAUUUUUACAA